CAAGUCCUUGUGGGCUCAAGCGGGGUUUCCUGCACUUCCGCUUUUCUUCGCCACGUGAGGUCGAGACCAUGGGAAGCCUGCGCCGAGCUCGUCUGCUCCCGGCACUGCUGCUGGCCGUUGCAGGCUGGCUGCUCCCCGCCGUCCUGCCCAGCGCCUUCCAGGCGCCCCUCGCCCCGGGGCGCGUGCAGCCCGCCGGGCAGCGCCAGCUGGGGCAGCUGCGGCAGUCUCCAGCCGCCGGCGCGGGUGUGCUCGCUGGGAGCCAGGGCGUGAGGCCCGGGGCGCUCCCGCCCCGCGGCCGGGACGCGGAGGCGGCGUGGGAGGC